AAUUAAUUCUUUUAAAUAAUCAACAAUUGACAGUAGAAAAAACCAAAUUAAAUGCUGGUGAUAAAUAAUGUCAUUUAAAAAAAAUAAAAACAAGGCUUAACUUUUAACGUCCCGUAAACAGUGAAGUGAAUUAACCAAGUGUUAUUGGUUUUAUUACAUUUUAUAGUUUGUAAAACUGUUUUAUCGUUGCGUUUUGUUCAACAUCAAGCAAAAUUGUAGAACUGUGCUGUCGGUAGCAGGACAACAUGCCGUUCAUCGACAUAGCAUUCGCGGCGGAGGUGAGCCGGUUCGAAGACCCAGAGUUUGAAGAACACGCGCGCCGCAACUGCAACGAGGACCCUCGCACGAGACAGUACGCGAUGGAAGAGCUCCGGAAUAUGGUGUACGAAAGAGGCGAGUGUCACCCGCGCCGCAUGGAUGAUGCAUACCUUCUCAGAUUUCUGCGGUGCCGACGGUUCAUACCCGCUCUAGCGCACAAGCUUAUGGUCCGUUAUGAAGAGUUUAGAAGAAAGAACUCAUAUCUAUACGACUGUAGCGCGUUCGGUCUGCAGAAGGUGAAACAUGUGUACGGCGGCACUUUACCAGAGAGCCCCGUCAACGGACGAAUCACUCUUAUGAGGUUCGGUAAAUGGGACACAGAAGCUGUGCCGAUAGUAGAUGUGGUGAGAUGCGCACUUAUCAUGGACGAGAUAGCUGUAAUGCAGCCAAAGCUGCAGAUCCUCGGCGUCACCAUCAUCGUUGACCUGGAGGGGCUGAGCGUGAGACACGUGCGCCAUCUAACGCCCACAAUCGCGGGACAGAUCGUCAGCCUGAUGGGGGUCAACUUUCCUCUUCUAAUGCACGGCUUGCACAUAAUAAACUACAACUGGUUCCUCAACACUUUCUUCUACGUGUUCAAGCAGUUCAUACCGAGCGCCGCUUGGGGCCGCAUGCAUUUCCACGGAUACGACAUGUCAUCUCUCCACAAACACAUCGACCCUAGUUCUCUACCUCCGGAAUACGGUGGUACAUGUCGACAUGUUAUAUCCACAGAAGAAUGGUUAAGAAAAGUCAACAUGUAUAAAGACGAUUUUAUGGUACAAGAGUUGAGGGAUCUAGGAUUUACUGUUGAGGACUAGGAAAAUAUAAACUUAGAGUAAUUAUUAAAAUCACCAAGGACGACUCUUGAAGAUAUGUGCAUUCAAUGUGCAUUUUUAUUUUGGAUAAGUUUACAAAAACAAAUUUAUUAACUUGAGAAAGGCUGCGUUGGUAUUUGAAG